ACUCGAUUCAACAAGCAACUUCAAAGUUUUCUUUCGAAUCUGCGCAACCUCUUCGCACAACUCAAGAUCUUGCUUUUACUGUUCGCAGUACCUCAUUGUUUCUUGAAUUGCCGUCCAACCAUCGCACUUGCUCUCUGAGCGGAAUAUCUACGAUGGCACCUCGCACGCGCAAUCAAGCGCAUCAAGCCCUCCAGGAUGCUUCUGCACCUGCGGAGAGCACCUCUAAUAUGAACGACGAUGGACCUCGACGACGCACCCGCCAAGAUCCUACAAAGAAAGCUUCGACUUUCGAUGAUCCUCUGCCUUCUGUCGAAGACGAAGAAGUUGCUACCUCCUCAUUCGCGCAAGCUCAAGUUGCCGCCGAUGAACCUAUUACUUCCCGACUCCGGUCACGAUCUCGAUCUACCUCCGUCGUCCCCACUACUAGAACAACAUACAAUAGACGUGCAUCUACGCGAUCGCAGUCGCCAUCCCAGAAGGCAAAUGGUAGCAAUAAGGGAAAGCGUGGUGUCAAGCGUGGCCGUGAAGAUACUCAUGAUGACGAUGAUGAAGAAGACGGACUUUCUCAGUCAAACAAUAAGAAAUCUCGUGGUAAUAAUUAUGAAGCCGAUAUGUCGAGCCAACCCAGUCAACAACCUACACGCGCCGGUCGGGGUGGUCGCGGUGGUGGCCGUGGUCGAGGAGCUCGGAAGCACGUAAAGCUUCCAGCAAUCCAAGAAGCUAGCCCGGCACGAGCUGCGCAGCAAACCUUCGAGUCUCCGGCAGAAACAAAUGAUCUUACUUCUAUUGUUCCAGCAAUCCAAAAAGCUAGCCCCGCACAAGCUCAAGAAACCUUCGAAUAUCCCGCAGAGCCCAAAGGUCUCACUUCUAUUCUAUCUCCGCCAUCAGAUGUGCAGUCACUCAGACCAAAUCGAUUUCACCCAUACAAGCGAUCUCUUUCUCCCCUUAAGCACAACCAAAUCCCGAAUGGCUACGAAUCUCUAUCAGAUGAUGACUCGGCCCCCGCCCAUAAACCCGGUGAUCCAGCUUGGUGGGAUAAGAAGCAAAGAAUUAAGAGCUUUACGAGGUUUGUCAAUGAUGGCGUAGUCGAUAAGGCUCUAAAGAACAAAGUCCAGGAGGUGGAGCCAGAAACUAAACAGCGCAUGCCAAGUAACAGUACUUCGGUUCAGCGCAAGAAAACUCUCCGCACUGUUGCUGAGUGGGCAACAAGUGACGCGAGCAACAAGCUCCCAACUGCCGGCGAAAUGGUGAGCUUUCUCGAGCAGACGAAGACUCGCAACUCAGCCAAUAUUGCAACACUCCCAAAGCAGAGUAAUGCUGGCCAGGCCGCACAAACAAGUGAGGCUGCCGAAUCUAUACCACAAGACGUCAAUGGCGACCAAUCUCGAUCUUAUGCAGAAAUCCCCGGAAAGACCUUCCAGGUGCCGGAUGAGAGUGACUCAGAAGACGAUAUCAUGAGUAAUCACAAUGAAACUGCCGCAGAUGCAGAGUCGGAUCAUGCAAGUAGCCCCCAUAUUACAUCCCCCCAAAUCCCUACGACCCCUACGACCCCUACGCCCACACUACUUCCAAAGGCAGAGGAACCUCAAGGAUGGUUGGGUUCCGCAAAGAAAGCAAUCCUCAAUACCACUUUCAAAUUCUUUGGUCGUGGUUCUCAAAAUGAUUCCCAAGCCGGUUCCAGCACUGCCACUACUGCCACCUCCAAAUUUACGUUUACUUCGCAACAAAAGAUUCCGCAAACACCAACACCAUCCAUUCAUGGCGGUCGUGCUCAGCGCAAGACGCCUCAGACCGAACGCCCUCGACGCAUCAACAAGGCAUUGAUCCCCCCAGAGAGAUUCGUUCCAAACACAGAGUACAGGAAGAAGAAGGCGAAGAAGCUUCCAAUUGAACAGAGAGGUGUCAUCUCACCAAAGCGUAGGGCAGAGCUACAGGCUAUUCAGGCUGAGAAGAAGCGUCAACAACGAGAAGCUGAGGAAACAAGAGUAGAAUUGGAGGAAUGGCAACGGGUUGUCACCUAUAAAUGCCCAUCUGAAACUUCGUCUGAUGAAGAAGACGGAGCGAAGAAAGACGAGUCAGAAGGUUCCGAUUCACAAGAAUUUGAUCCGGAUAAUUCAUACGAGGUUUGGAAAGCUGCUGAGGCCAAGAAGGCCAGGGAAGCCAAGCCAAAAUUUCAAUGUCCCGAGGAACCUGAGAGAGACUGGAAGAAUGACGACAAAUGGGGUUUCACCUAUCAACGUGAUGGCAAACGCUACAGCCGACUUGAUAAUAUCCCCAAUCGAAUCCCCGGCAUGUUCAGAUUGAGGAACCUGCCCCAACAUCCUAAGCUUGCUCUGGACCAAGUACCUGCGCAUAUCCAACAGUGGAUCGCGGAACAUGAUGCAUGGGAGAGAAUAUACUGGGGCAUUAGGAACGACGAAGUCACGCAGGUUGACAUCGAUAAGUAUAACCAGAUGAUCAGAGAUAACGAACUCGGACGACAGGCGGAGGAGGCGGAGGAGGCGAAGAAAGCUGCAGCCCCGCCCCCAGCACCGAGACCGGCUAAUGCAGAGCUACCUGCUCAGUCCGCUCCUGCUGCAGCUAUGGCCAAGGCUACAAAGUACGCACCAAAGACCCCCAGUGGUCUAAGAAAUGCCGAGCGGGCUUAUAGCUCGCCGGUUGACAGUGAGAACGAGGUUGUAGAGAAGUUGGAGGACACAACCGUCGAUGCUGGAGAGAGGAUCUUGCAACUGGUCCACAACCGAAACGAGAAGGUACCAGAGUUGCGCCUUCCCGAGUUGAUGAAGAACGAGGAUAUUGUUGUCCCCGCCUGGUUGAAGGCGUUUGUAUGAUUGAUUGUUUGGCACGUUGAUGUAGAUGGCGUUCGUAUUGAAUUUGCUCCACUGUUUGAGCGUUGAUUGUUUGGCGGCAUGUUGUUGAUAGCAUUUGUAUGAGUUCGCUCAGCCCUAUUUGAGGGUUGAUUGUAUGGCAGAUUGAUUGUAUAGCAAGUUGUACGGCACCAUGUUGUAGAUAGUACAUAUCAAAAACAAGGAAACCUGU